CUGACAUCUGAUCACCCAAUCAGUGAGGAGUUCCUAACCAAACCACGAUUUUGAGAAAUGGCUGACGAUAAAGAAGUGGAAAAAACUAUCGCGGAGGACUUGGUUGUGACCAAGUACAAGCUAGCGGGACAAAUUGUGAAUCGUGUUUUGGAGCAAGUUAUCGAAAAAUGUGUUCCCGAAGCUUCAGCUCGAGAAAUUUGCGAAUUUGGAGACAAGUUAAUCUUAGAUGAGACUAAUAAAGUUUUCAAGAAGGAGAAGGACUCCAAAAAAGGCAUCGCGUUCUCUACAUGCGUGUCUGUGAACAACUGUAUUUGUCACUUCUCGCCCAUUCCAAGUGAAACUGACUACAUCCUGAAACAAGGUGAUCUGGCUAAGAUUGACCUUGGAGCACACAUCGAUGGUUUCAUUGCUGUGGUGGCCCACACCGUGUCGGUGGGAGGUGGCGAGGUGACAGGCAAAGCAGCUGAUGUCCUUUUGGCUGCCCAUUACGCUAGUGAAGCUGCAUUGAGGUUGCUACGACCUGGAAAUGAGAACUAUGCAGUCACUGAUGUAGUCCAAAAGAUCAGUGCAGAAUAUGGUUGCAAGCCUAUUGAGGGCAUGCUCUCACACCAACUCAAACAGUUCCGCAUCGAUGGAGAGAAGAGCAUCAUUCAAAACCCAUCAGAGGCACAACGUAAGGAACAUGAAAAGGCCACUAUGGAGACUUACGAAGUUUACGCAAUGGAUGUGCUUAUUUCCACUGGAGAGGGUGUGGGUCGUGAAAUGGAUACAAGGUGUACAAUAUACAAAAAAACUGAUGAGGUAUAUCAGUUGAAAUUGAAGGCGUCAAGAAUGUUCUACAGUGAGGUUCGCAACAAGCAUGGCAACAUGCCAUUUAACCUUCGCAGUUUUGACAAGGAGACCAGUGCCAGGCUGGGAGUUGUUGAAUGUGUAAACCACAAACUCAUUGAGCCUUUCCAGGUGUUGUAUGAACGGCCCGGCGAGCUAGUAGCGCAGUUCAAGUUCACGGCGCUACUGCUUCCCAGCGGGACGCACCGCAUCACCGGCCUGCCAUUCGACAAGAGCCAGUGCAAGAGCGAUCGCACCAUCAAGGACCCUGAACUCAAUUCCCUACUCAACUCCUCUGCGAAGUCGAACAAGAAGAAGAAAAAGAAAACUGGUGCUGAAGAGCCCAUGGAGACAGAAACGGUUGCCUAGCAUGGACUACAACUGACCUUACAAUUGAAAUUGGCUUUUCUCAACCUCCCUUUAGUGGAUAUGAAACCAGCAAUACUUCAAAUGUUUUGCUAAAUCACAGAGCUGCAUACUGAGAUUAUAUUUUGUGUGCUGUAGUAGAAUUGGUAGUUAAUAUUAUUGUAUACAGCUCUUUGAUUUCAAAACCAAUUCCAUUAAAUUGGCACAUUUGUGUUCUAAAUAAAUUAAAUUGAAUGUUGAUUGUAUUAGAUGAUUUAUGAUGUACAAAUUACGCCUUUUCGUAUGUGAGUUUUGACAAGCAAUAGUUUGUUUCUGCAAAGGAAUGUGUGCUGAUACAUUGUUAUAUAGUAUAAAUACUGAAAAUAAACAUUUCAGUCAUCUCAACCUGCAAACUACGCUAAUUUUAAUGUUUUGUUUCAGUAGCAAUGAAUUAAUAACUACUUAAUGUACAUAAAACUUCAUUUUAGAUUCCUCUCAUGGUGAAGUUGUCAUAAUUAGCACUAAUUAAUAUUGUAAAAAGCAUAAUCUUUUUUUAAUAAAAUCCUAACUAAAGCGAGCCAUUACCUUGUGACAUGUUUGUAUUUUAAACAUUGUGACGUGCACAAAAUCCUUUCAUAUUGUAUGUCUGUGCUAUCUCAAUUUGUCUCAAUGUAAUGUAUCUUUGUAUUGACACAGUUUUUUGAGAAUGUAAACGUGGCCAAUUUUUAAAGUAGGCAUCUUGUUGAUUUUACUGGUAAUUACUCCCAGGAGACUAAUAUUUCUCCUGAUUCUAAUGAGUCCAAUGACAGUUGAGUCAACUGCACAAAUAUAAAUUUUUUAAAUCUAUAACAUACAAAUUCUGCUCAAAACUGAUUCUGGAAAUAGUUUUUGAAUUGUAUGUGAACAUAUUUGUGGAGCUGGCUACACUAUGUUAAAAUAAUAUCUACUAGGAAAAGUUGUAAAAAGUGACACUGAGCAAAGAAAUACAAUCAAAUUGUGCCACAGUUGUGGGCUGUUUUUGUAAAA